ACAUUACCUAAUCAAUGAUUAAAGCGGAUUAAACAUAGUGUUUAAUAGGUUAUAAAUUAAAUUGACAGCUGUCAUCUGUCAAUUUCUUCUUUUUUAGGUCAAAUUAAUACGAUUUAGGGAUUUCUAGGGGAAAUUGAAGCUCCCGUCUAGGGAUAUUCUGAAAUUUCAUCUGGCAACCCUGAUUUGCAUUGCAGUUGUUUAUUUUUUGUAGACGAGGACAACGUGAUCAAAAAGUUGCAAAUAUUUGUAUUAGCAGGUAUUUUUAGAAACAUGACACAUAUAACUGCGGAACAAAAGGAAAUCAUGUUAGACUUCAUCAAAUCCAGGCCAAGGUUAUAUGCCGGGAAAUUUUCGCCAGAAUUUACCCGGCAACAAUCCCAAUCGCUAUGGCAGGAAUUGGCUACCAUAUUAAACUCGCACUCGAAUGGCGCCAAAAAAGAAUGGAGUGCUUGGCGCAAGACCUGGAUAGAUAUAAAAAAAAAUUGCAAGGCAAAAGCGGCCAGACAAAAGAAAUAUCAGAUGGGUACUGGAGGAGGGCCCUCUCAAUCUGAUGGUAAUAAUAUGGACGUAUUUGAAAGUAAUGUAAUAGGGCUUAUGAGCCCUGUAUGUAUAGCAGGGAAUGUGGAGGUACCUGAGCCAAGCAUAUCUCUGGAUGAAUCAUUCUCCACUAUAAUUAGUGAAGAUAUUGAAAAUAUAGAGCAUGACCAAAAUCCAUCUACAGCCACACAAGGAGAAGGAGCAACUGUAGAACCAGAGGUUGAAAAAGAGCCGUCAACCUCAGCCAAAAGUAAACGCAAAACAAAAACCCAAAGGCUGAAGGAGUCGAUACAAAACCAUGCAAAACUCGUUCAAAUUGCACGAACCGGUGUAAUGGACACAAAAACUUAUAGAGAAAAAAAACUACAAAAGAUGAGUGAGCACACCGAUGCAAUUAAAGAAUUAACAAGUGUGCUAGCAACAGUUGCUAAGGGGCUCACUAAUAUUGAGGGGCUCUUAAAUGAAUUAAUCUAAAAUUUAUAUUUUUAAUUAAAUUUCUAAAUUAUACAAA